CAUGCGCAGUGGGCGGAAGCUAUGCUAAUUUUGUUGAUAUUCCGCAGAGGAGUUUUGAAAAGAAAACGGCCGGAGCGCGGGGCGGUGGGCGGGCGAGGCAGCAGGCGAGCGCCGGGGCCGCGGCCUGCACACACAGCGCGGCUCCAUGGAAAACACGCGCGAUCUGACUGAGCACUCUCCACGGUCAGAGAGGAAGAGGAGAGAUUCAUUUGGAAUGUUUGACGGUUAUGACAGCUGCAGUGAGGACACCAGUAGCAGCUCCAGCUCUGAUGAGAGUGAAGAGGAAGUGACCUCAAUACCGGCCAGCUUACCACUUAUCAAAACCAAUGGACAAGUCUACACGUACCCAGAUGGCAAAUCUGGAAUGGCCACCUGUGAGAUGUGUGGAAUGGUUGGAGUGAGGGAUGCUUUUUAUUCCAAGACCAAACGAUUCUGCAGUGUUUCCUGCUCCAGAAGCUACUCAUCCAAUUCAAAAAAAGCCAGCAUUUUAGCUCGACUUCAGGGAAAACCUCCAACAAAGAAGGCAAAAGUUUUACAGAAACAGCCUCUAGUGGCUAAACUUGCAGCCUAUGCACAGUACCAGGCAAGCCUACAGCAGAACCAAACUAAGAGUAAAGCAGCAAUCACUGUAGAAGGCUUUGACUGGGGUCACUACGUUUGGAGCAACAAAUUUAUUGGGGCUCCUGUCAGCUGUUUCAAACAUGUACCUAUGGGAACUCACUGGGGAGAUAUUGCAGAGGGUGUGAGAGUGGAAGUCCCUAACACUGAUUGCAACUUGCCUACUAAGGUCUUCUGGAUUGCUGGUAUCAUCAAGUUAGCAGGUUAUAAGGCUUUGCUUCGAUACGAAGGCUUUGACAACGAUUCUAGCCUUGACUUUUGGUGUAACAUCUGUGGCUCUGAUGUUCAUCCAGUUGGCUGGUGUGCAACUAGUGGCAAACCUUUAGUAACUCCUCGUACUAUCCAACAUAAAUAUACAAACUGGAAAGCUUUCCUUGUGAAAAGGUUAACUGGUGCAAAGACUCUUCCACCUGACUUCUGCUCACAGGUUGUCGAAAGCAUGCAGUAUCCUUUCAAGACUGCCAUGCGUGUAGAAGUUGUGGAUAAGACGCACCUCUGCCGAACAAGAAUAGCAGUUGUUGAAAGCAUCGUGGGAGGUCGUUUGCGGCUAAUUUACGAGGAGUGUGAUGAUGGGACAGAUGAUUUCUGGUGUCAUAUGUUGAGCCCCCUCAUUCACCCUAUUGGUUGGUCGCGAAGUAUUGGACACAGAUUCAAACGAUCAGAUGGUUCAAAGAAACAGGAAGGACAUUGUGAUGCCGCUGCACAAUUAUUUGCAAAGGUGAAGGAUGUGGACCAAAGUGGAGAGUGGUUCCAGGAAGGGAUGAAGCUGGAAGCAAUUGACCCCCUGAAUCUUUCUGCCAUCUGCGUGGCCACAGUCAGAAAGGUAUUGGCAGAGGGCUACCUGAUGAUUGGUAUCGAUGGCUCGGAGGCAGCAGAUGGCUCAGACUGGUUUUGCUAUCACUCCACAUCCCCGUCAAUCUUUCCCGUAGGGUUCUGUGAAAUUAAUAAGAUUGAACUUACGCCCCCCCGAGGUUACUCCAAAAUACCUUUCAAAUGGUUUGACUACCUUAGGGAAAUGGGAUCUGUCGCAGCACCUGUCAAGCUGUUCAACAAGGAAGUUCCAAACCAUGGCUUCCGAGUGGGCAUGAAACUGGAGGCUGUAGAUCUGAUGGAGCCACGUCUGGUGUGCGUAGCCACUGUUACCCGCAUUGUCCAUCGGCUCCUCAGGAUUCACUUUGAUGGUUGGGAGGAUGAAUAUGACCAGUGGGUAGACUGUGAAUCUCCAGAUCUCUACCCAGUUGGCUGGUGUGAGCUGACAGGAUACCAGCUUCAACCUCCAGCAUCUCAGUCAUCUAGAGAGAAUCAGACCAGUGUGAUGAAGAAGAAGAAAGCCAAGUCCAGCCAGUACAAGGGCCACAAGAAAACCAGCAGCAGUAAACACCGAGACAUCAUCAUCUGGUGACCAAAGACCGUUGCCAUCUCUCCACAGCGUUUACUGUCAGCUACCAGUGAGUACGAGGUGAAUUUUCUGGAUGUCGCCGAGUUGUGACUCUGAGCCAGAACAUGAGCUAACUCAGCUAUGUCGAAGACACAGAACAGCCUCUGAGCUUGUAUCAAGCGAGAACCCUUGAUCGAAGGAUCUGCUCCUUUGAACUGUUGGCUUCCUAACACAGGAGCUCCUGCAGGGUGUGAUUGCGAGGCAGUUCAGGACAUUUCACUGUAAAUUUGGACAGUUGUGGUUCUGGAAGGCUGAUCAAAGACUGGAGAUUCUCCCUUCUUGGACUUUCUUGUAUAUUGUACUUGAAGUUUUUUUU